AUGAAUGGUGGCAACGGCAAAGACUGUAACCAACCGGAUGCGGCCGUUGCGUCAUCCGCAUUUGGCGACGCACUGCGCCCCGUCGAGCUGCGUCAUUGCGUUUCUUUGAAUAAGUACUCCCGGAUGCCGGCCGAUGAAAUUUGCGAGGAGGAAGUUGUACGGAGCGAAGUGGCGGUGCAGCUUGCGGAGAAAGUUGUUGUCCUUCGCCGCAAGCUGCAGCGGCGUGAGGCCGAGAUACAGACACUGAAGUCAGGCAUAGGGACGGACACGAGCGCUGCAACGCACACUACUGCCGCUGCCACUUCCACGACUGUUGCUGAUGGUUCGACUGUUGAGUCAUGCAACGACGUCUGUGCCGCGUCGUCCGUGACGAGGGAGAGUUCUGCUGCGGAGCAGGCGGUAGAUUGUAACAGCCAAGGCAACAGUGCCGAGUGGCAAGAGAAGCUAGCGGAGAUGGAGGCCCAGAGUGUACUGUGGAGGCAACGCGUAAAGGAGGCGCUGCGAACGAGUCAAAAAAGGGAACAGGCCCUUCUUGCAGAGAACAUUGCGCUCCAGAAAAGACUGCAGGAGUUGCAGGGGAGACUGAAUGAGGCCGUGUUUUGUAUUGAGGCUAGCGCCUUGAAGAAUGCCCGGCAGACGACGAAGGUGAGUCGCUAUUGUCAAACGAAUGAAUCAUCAGAAGAUGCGGAAUCUGGGGACGAAUCAUACGCCGAUGACGCCACAGGGAUGUCAAACGUCAGCAGCAACCCUCGUCCUUUGCGAAGACGGCGGCGACAAUCUGUUCAGAUUUCUGCUCUGCGUACGCCUUUGCGUGUUGUGGCAUCCUCAGAGAAUUUAGAAAAAACGGCGAGAGCCACACCUCUUAUGACGCCAACGCAGACUGAAAUCUCCGAUAGCAGCAGCAAAAGCCCUUCUCGAUUUCCGUACCCGCCACAACCACUUGUGCCGAUGCGGCGUGGGAACCCAAAUACCGACGGAGGCAGCAAUAUGGGCAGCCCGAAUUAUCCCGUGGAGAUUUGUUCGUCUGACCCGGCGAGUCAAGCACAGACCCCGCCAUUCAUCGUUGCUGUUCACUACAACAACUCGGAUGGGUGGAGUGUCCAGACGAAGCUGUGCGUCAAGCCCGGCAUGACAGUGGCCCAACUGAAGGAGCAUUGCUGUUCACAGUUUUAUGAUCGUUACCAAAUGCGGCUGGAUGACAGCACGUUGUGUGUUCGCUACUAUCAUGAGAAGGCGAGACGGCAUGUGGUUUUGUCCUCAUACCGUGAGCUGCACUCUUUUGCUUGUUUUCAGCGAUGUGAGCGUGAGAAUAUUCCAAUCACUCUGCAACUUACCAGGGAGGACAACUUAUCAAAGUUUGUGCACGACACGAUGAAUGUUGCGAACAUGUCAAGAGUGAAUUUUUCUCAGGAUCGUGCGGACUGA